AAUGCGCUUUGUUUGCAUUUUAAAGUGUGCCGUACGUUUGAAUCAGGGGGUUCUGAUACCCAACGACAAUCCAAGUCUUAUUCAAAGUUACUCUUUAGUCAUUUCUGCCAUUUAUUAAUUGUUCCGUUUGUGUUGCAGUCCCACUGCGCCACUAGGUGUCGCUGUGGCACUCUUUACGGAAUGACUCAAUUGACGAGAGUCACGUGACGAAAACACAGGAAGUAGUGUUAGCUCACAGGCUAACUGCAGCAGCGACCUCCCCGCUUAUCCUGGUCGAUACAGGUAUGCCACAGAAAGAUCCGUGUCAAAAGCAAGCAUGUGCAAUUCAACAGUGUUUACAAGCUAACAGAUACCAGGAGAGCAUGUGUGAGGACGUCAUCAAGGAGAUGCGGCGGUGCUGCGACACUCAGGCCGGAAACUCUAUCUGCUGCUCCGGGUUCAAGGACUCCAAACCCACGGAGAGCAAAAGCAUUGGAAAGCUCCCUUUUGCACCCAGCAUUUGAUGGAGAACAGAGAAAGGGAACAUUGUAUAAAUGUUUUAUUGACUCUGAACAGUGUAGACAUUUUCACAUGUGAUUGCAUAAAAUGCAUAUUAGUAGGUCUGGGCACCUUAUGUAUUCGUCUAGGAAUAAGUUAUUGAUUGCUUCACUAGCGCCUGGACCGUUAAAUUAUUCAUUUGUAAAUUCGCUAUCCAUGAAUAAUUUUCGACCGCCGCAUUUCCAAAAAGAAAAUCAAUAAACAUAAGGAGAGAGUUGACUA